AUCUUCUACAGUCUUAAAGCGGCAAACCCACCACCGACUUCUCUUCAGAUUCCAGUUUGGUUUCUUCCUCCGGUCUUAGUCGUCUCAGAGUGUCCACUGUCUGUUGGGUAUCGGAGUUUCAGUAAUUGUAUGAGGAAGGGCUAUCUAUGAUACGACAUUUCUUUUUCAUUCAAGAAAAUGGCUUUGCCACCUUUUCAAAUGGCGACCGAGAUUGAAGAAGAUAUUGAACAAACAAGAAAAAACAAGCGUAGAAAGUGUACUAAUCAACCAAAGAUUCUUGUUGGUGACACAAUUGAGGUAAGGAGCACGGAGGAUGGAUUUUUAGGCUCCUGGCACAGUGGGAGAGUAAUUUCUUGUGAAUCUCAAGCUAUAACAAUCGAGUAUUAUCACAUUUUGUGUGAUGAUGAUUCAGGAAAGAAAUUGAUUGAGCGCGUGAAGAUUACUCCUGCUAUCGAAGGAGUUUUUUCUGCUCUUCCAUCUUCAUACAACUACAAAGGCUUGAUAAGGCCAUUGCCCCCUCCUUCUGAUUUUGAUUUGUGGAAGUUAGAGUAUGGACAUUGUGUUGAUGUUUAUUACAUGGAUGCUUUUUGGGAAGGUGUGAUAUUCGAUCACAAUAAUGGUUCAGACGAGCGGUUAAUUAUAUUUCCAGAUAUCGGUGAUGAAAUGUCUGUGGGAAUUCGCAGCCUACGAAUAUCUCAGGAUUGGGAUGAGACCAGCGGUGAUUGGCAACCACGUGAAAAAUGGUUAUUUCUUGAGUUGGUUAAUGAAUUCAGUAAAGAAUGGCCUUUGCAUGUUUCUCUGAGGGAGAUAUGGUAUGCAGUUCGAACAAAAAAGAGUUUUAUGUAUCUUAAGGGAUGGACAUCGACUAUAAGGGAUAACUGGAAACAGGUGAUAUCCGAAGUUAUUAUUGAUUAUCAAUCCCUUGCUUUGAAACAUGUACUCCAGAUGUUUGAUACUGAAUUUGACAACGAGCAAGAAAUUUCUGAAGGAUAUCUUGCUGAUUUUGUAACAAACACCACGACUGAAAGUGUUGUCUUGAAUCUGACUGAUCUCUCAUUUGAAAUUGAAUCGAAGACUGAUUUGGCUAUAUUAAAAGAAGAAAAUGAUGGAUCAGAUAAAUCACAACUUUCCUCCAAUGCUCUACCAAAGCCUACAUCUCUUGAAUUAGUAAGCAAUGAUAGUUCUAAACCGUCUACAGAAAUGAUUGAUAAUGAGUGGUCAAUUGCAGGAACAGAUAUUGUGCCAUUUCAUCGGUUUGACUUGGAUGCAGUUUAUAAAUACUGUCACGUCUCUAAAGGUGGAGGAAAAGCCGAUUUAAAAAUUAGAGUUAGGCAGCAUUUAGCUUCACUUGGAUGGAAGAUUGAGUUUUUAAGGGAUGCAAGAGGAAUAAUUAGAAUGCGUUAUACAUCCCCCGAAGGGAAUGUCUUUAUGUCACUUGUUCUUGUCUGUAAGUUUCUACUUGGAUCCAUAUCAGAAAAGGGUCCUCCACCCGUAAGUUUUCAUUCUCCAGUUUCUGAAAAGUUACAAGAAAAUCUCCAAGUAUCUGUAAUAAAUUCUCCUAAAGAUGAAGAAGUCUUUUAUGGGUCUGAAUAUAAUCAUGAAGCUUUGUUGAAGUAUAUUUCAAUUGAAGCCCAACAUAAGAAUGAUGACCAUACUUGGUACAGGAAGCCUAAUAUUAAAGAUAUUCAGUUAAAAGUACGAAAGCAUCUCACUUCUCUUGGAUGGAAAUUCUCGUAUACUACUAAAAGAGGCAAAAAGGAAUUACAAUAUAUAUCACCAAGGGGGACGGUAUAUAUGUCUCUUAUAAGAGCAUCCAAGAAAUGUAUGAAUGAUGGAAUUGGUUCGCCAAAAAGCUUCUUGACAAUACAAGGAAGCUUCUCUGAAUCAAAGGAGGUUGUUGUUCAACAUGAAAGUACUUUGGCUAGUCCUUCUGACAUAUUGUGUAUAAAUGAGAAAGUUACACAAUCAUCAAAAUCCAGAAAGGCAUUAGCAAAAAAGGAUUCUAGACAUUUGAUUUGCAAAAGAGUUAGACAGAGAAAUCCUGCCACUUCUUCCUGUCCGAAUCCUCAAACAGUAUUGUCUUGGUUAAUAGACAAUAAGCUUGUGUUGCCUAGGACUAAAGUAUAUUAUAUUGACAGAGAAGAUCAACGUCAAUUAGCUGAAGGAAGGAUUACACGAGAGGGAAUAACGUGUGCUUGUUGUUCACAUGUUUUUAGCCUAACUAAAUUUGAGAUUCAUGCUGGCAGAACUAGCCAAAGUCCUGCGUCAAAUAUACUUCUAGAGGAUGGAAGAUCUAUUUUAAAGUGUCAAACACAAUUGAAAGACCAGAAUAAAAUAAAGAGUUCGAUGAAAAAGUCUCAAGAGACACUGGGUCAUGAUAUUUCAAGUGAUAACAUAAACGAUUAUAUAUGUUCUGUCUGUCGCCUUGGUGGAGAGUUAGUUUUGUGUGAUAAAUGCCCCUCCUCUUAUCAUAUUAGUUGCCUUGGUCUUAAUGAUGUUCCUGAUGGCGACUGGUUUUGUCCAUCAUGUUGUUGUGGAUCUUGUGGGAAAAUCAAAUAUUCUGAAGAUUCUAAUGAAGUGGAAAAUGAUAAUUUUAUCUAUUGUGAUCAAUGCCAACAUAAGUGUAUGAUAUCUAACCAUAUCAAACCUUAUCAAAGAAUUAUUUUUAUUUUAUUUAUUAUGAAUAUAUGUCUGAAAACUGCAAUUGAUCCUGUGAAUUAUUUGUUCUCCUAUAUUCUAAUGAGUGACUAA